CUGCACCCGGCACUCAACCUCGAACAAGGAGUCAAGCUCAACCCACAUGGCCCGUCGAGCCUUUGCUAGCCCUGGCCAUAGUAGCCCGCUGCAUGAACUGCUACGCAGUACUCCGUCCGGACACUCGCCUUUGCUCUCCAGGCCUCGGGCUUCAGCAGCCUCUGCCACACUACCGACUGCGUCAGGAAAGGCCCGUCUGCUUUUCCGUACAAAGUUGGAACGCCACGAUUCUCCUGCCUACGUCGCCCAACGCCGCUGUCGCCGCCUCAUCUCUUCCCAAUCUGGUCCAACUACCUUCACCAUUGACGCCUCCUCCGACUGGGGCCUCGCGCGGGUCCUACGGAAUUACCAGAGGUAGAAGGGGGCUUGCGGGCGCUCAAAGCGUCGCCAGAUCGAGUACAAGGACCAUUCGGUAAUCCACAAGAGCCCACCACGCCUCUCCUUCAGCUCUUGUCUUUCGCUAGUGCCCGUCGAGGGCCCCUUCAAAUAGACUGGGAGACCCUGGCUUGGCUCUCGCUCUUCCACUGGUCAGACCGGCCUGCUGAGCAUCUCUGCUACCACCGUCUAAUUAUUCUCUCACCCACGCUACUGCUUCAGCUUACAAGAUCCUGGGUCCAACUCCGUCCAAGGCUCGCGAGACGUGCCCCGUUUCCGUCCGAGGUUCAUAUUUAUUACAGAGCGACCUCGAAAGAAACUUCCUCGACAACUAUCCCGUACCUGUCCAUACACCGUACACCGUACACCGUACUCCGUCAUCCUCCCACAAACCGGUCCGCCAAAGGCUCCAAACCCAACCACCAGUCCACCACCAACCUACUCGAGACGGGGUACCUGGCGACCAUCUCAACCUCUAACACCCCAUCUGGACAUUUACAAUUCCUCCGUUACCUCGCCUGUUUCCAAACCUAGAAACCGUACCUGCUUUGCCGUCUUUGCUCUGCAUGUCCAGGGCCCGCCCGCUUGUUUCUCUAAGCGCUCGCCAGUCAGCGAUCGACUUCGCCCUUCCAGAUCACCAACACGGCGCUUCCACGCACAUCCGGUCCCCUCCAUUGGCCGCCCACCCUGUCCCUCAAUUUCAAAUCUGCCUCGCCUGUCCUCAACCUGGUGCUGCUCUGCGUCUAUCCAGACAGAAUGGGACUGCUCCUGGCGUUUCAUUGAUAUCGAAUUAGACUGUGGUAUCCCAACCAACGCCGGCCAAGUCGACUUACACCACGCCGGCCGGGCCAACGUGCAGAUCCAAGCCUCCCUCCCCAGCUUUACCCGUACCAACAGACGCGGCGCAGCGGGACAAACAUUCCAUUAAUUGAGACUUACACCCCGCGACCCUAUUUGAUUCGGGCUUCCGCCUUUUUUCUAGCUUCCCAUCAUGGACCCUACAACGACGCUCUUUACGUUCAUGCUGUGAGUCGCUUUUAUUUAAUUCUUUGCAAUCUCGCUUUCGUUUUCUUCUCCCGUCCGCUGGUCGAAACUUUGGCGUCGCUUUCGCUCCAAAAUCCAACAAGAUCGAUCGCCCUCUCGUUCGAACUCGCAUAAUUGUAUGUCUGGCCAAUAGCCUCGAUCCCCUCGUCCCAUCACGCAUCAUACAUGACUCCUGCACAAAUCCCAGUACGGCCGAAUGAAGCACAAGGUCUGCGAAAGUUCGCUGCCUCUCCUCAUUGAGCAUUCACACACAUCUCUUCGGUUUCCCCAAAGGGUCGGGGAAAGCAGUCGGGGACCGGCGCCGAAGGUUGUUUGCUUCUGCUUAACCAUCUGCUUGGGCUCAUGUUUCGAACAUUGUCGGAUGGAAAGUUUAUAUCGGGUUAUGCUAUGCCCUACCUCCCCGGCCCUGGCCUGCGCCCGUUCCUCCCCUCACACCUUCUCACCUGCCAUUACCAGCUUCUCAGCGGCAACCUUCCGAGAACUCCGUCAAACACCUUGCAAAGCCAAAAAAAAAUCGUCGCCGAUAGUGAUCGGCACCUCGUCCGCUCCUGGGUGGGGGACAGGGGACCAGGUCUGAUGCUCGGCGCAAGCCCAGUGGCUGGUGUCUUGGCUUUCGCAUCAUGCUUCAUACCCUCUCACUUGCUCUUGAUAUAUAGUACCAGAAGCAGCCCCUCUACUUCCCUUUGCUGACCACCACGACUAUGUAGUCAGACUCAUCCGACUGUAAGAUCAGUACACUUGGUCGGCUCCUGGGAUAACUUCACCAAACCAUACACCAUGGAACGAGAUAUUCGACGAGAUCGCGGCCAAUGGCGCGGAUGCCACACUUUCAAGGACAUUGUUCUGGACGACGACUUGGGUGCGAGGGAUACCAAGCGCAACGGCGGCCUGAAGAUGGGAAACACUUACUACUACUAUUACGAGAUUGAUGGAACGCAAGAGUCGCACAACCCGGCACUGCCUAGCACCACCAACUGCCCUUAUCUUCCUGGACAGACUGUCAACACUCUGGAUGUCCCUUACGAAGUGGCCGAGAGGAAGAGGAGCGCAUCCUUGGGCUCACUCCGUCCUGGUGAACAGAAGACCAUGAACCCUGAAGACAAGUUCAUUACGCCGAGGCCGCCACCACCAGUGCCGGGCGGUCAAAUCAGAAGACUGGGCUCAGCACCGGCUGCACAACCUGGUCGAUCCAUUUCCCGUGCCGGCUCUACCUCCCCGCCGCCGUCUUGGCGUCGCAUGUUCAACAGGAAGCCGUCCACCAGCCGGCUUGCUGAGCGCGGCCGCCAACCCGAUGACGAGGACCGCCCUCUUUCACCGUAUUCUGGAUCUUCUUCGGAUGACAACAGAAGCGGUUCAUCUGAGGGAAGCCGAACUCGCGAUCUUUCCCCAGAGUCCCUGAGACGGUUUCUCUCCGAUGAGAACCCCUUCUCCAGCGCUUCCUCUAGCGCAUACGGGCGUCCGCCUGUCGUUAUCCCCGACGACAUUGCCGAGGAGGGAGACGAUGAUGAGAACUUUGCCAACUCGGCCUACGAGGUCAACCCCUACACGACUAGCCUGUCACCACCGCCUUUCAAACGCUCGCACUCCGACAGCACCUUGCCGGUAGUGCACGCCCCGCGAGUUCUCACACGCGAGAAGAAGUACUCGCCUCUCCCUCCUCUUCCCGUCAACAAGACGCUGAGAGACCUGGCGACGGCACCAUCCGCCUCGCGCUUCUCCUUUUCGUCUGACUCCAGCGUCGCCUCCUCAAUUGGCCCCAUCUCUCCCGAUGAUGAUACACCAUCCUUUUAUGACUCUACCGAAGAGGAUCGCUACUCCAACGAGAGCGACGCCAACUUUGUUCAGCCCUUGUCUCUUCCGAGCACCAGGAAGCCGUCUCUGGAGCAGAACUACAGUUUGCCCCGGGCUCCCGGCAUCAAGGCUCACCCUGGUGUUCACACCAUGGUUGCGGCCCCUGCUGAUAACGGCCUUGACGACUUGGUCAAUGAGAUGGGCUGGAUGGUUGAUGUCAUCCGCGGCAAGGGCAUCUAAACAGAAAUUUACUACGCAGGUCACAUUACACGGUGACUCUGCACUACCGUCGUAUAUAUCGAUGGCUAAGCACACAACCAAAGCCACCUAGACGGAUUACAUAUCAGGUUAUACAAAAAGGCGGCAUCGUACCAGCCUUCCCCAUCGGGGCACAGGGCUGGCUAGCUCUUAUUCACAAAAAGGAAUCGGAUUUUGGACGGAGUACUGGACGAGAUAUACCCUUUCCUUCCUCUUCUACAGCUACUGCCACUCGUGGCUUUCAUGCCAACGGCGCUUUAUGGAGUGGACAUUUUGAGGAAUUCUGGGGGCAAUGGAAUGGACAUCACACAAAGGAAAAGAUAAGGGGAACGGGAAACGGCGCAAAUGUGGUACACAUUACCAAGGUGUUUGGAGUAUCUGGGUCGGAUUUGUCGUGGCUGCAUUGAGCAAGCUUCAUUGACGGGAAACGGUUACUCAUUGCAAACUAGCGUUGCCAGUUUAGGAGGAACGAAGAGA